AUGUCAAUCGUCUGCCGCGGCCAACCCAUCAACCGCGAGGAACUUUUCACGUAUACCAACGGUCACUUCCUCGUCAAUGAGGACCAUCAGUUUGCUCGGCGCUACCGGCAAUUUAACCUGGACGCCCUCUGCGAUAUAGCCGCUACAGCUGGUGGGAGCACGUCUCGAAUUACAGCCAUCGAAAAGCUCGAAGGAGGGUUCAGCAAGGCUCUUCUAAUGACAAAGGAGGACGGAAGUGAAUUGAUCGCGAAAGUUCCCUGUCGCAUUGCCGGCCCAGCGUUCCUCACGACAGGCUCUGAAGUGGGUACUUUGGAAUACAAGUAUAUUGUCAUGGAGAAGGCGACUGGGGUUCCUUUAUUUGAGCGAUGGGGCAAAAUGACAGAACUCGAGAAACUGGAGCUUAUAAAGAAUUUGACCCAACUUGAAGCUCAGCUGUCGGCUAUCUCGUUUCCUGCAUAUGGUGGUCUGUAUUUGCGCGCAGAUGCGGACCGCUUAAAACAUCAAGAUCUUGACGGCAACGUUGAUAAACAGGGCUUGUUCUGCAUUGGCCCUUCGCCUGACCGCUCCUUUGACGUUGAUACAGUCGCUUAUAUACCCACCGAGGAUGACUCAAUCAACAAUGGGCCUUGGAAUAGCUUAUCGGAUCUCGGGAUAUCAAUUGCCAAACGAGAGCUCUCUCGGAUCGCAAGGCAGGAUCCAGACAACCAGUCAAUGGUUCAUCGGGGAAGCGCCCACGAGCAAGCAAGUCUUCUAGAGGUUACAAUCAUCCUGAUGCGGAUGCUGGACUCGCACUCAGUUCUGGCCCGAUUCGCCCAGCCAACACUUUGGCACACCGACCUCCAUAUGGGAAAUAUUUUUGUUGCACCCAAUAACAACUCCCGGAUUACAGCACUAAUUGAUGUUCAGUCUCUAUCAGUACUCCCAUUAUUUCUUCAGGCCCGAUGGCCGGUGUUUCUGCAGCCCCCUCGGGAUUAUACUAGUGGCCUUGGUCAGCCUGUGCUCCCCGGUGACUUUGAUUCUUUAGAUGAAGAAGACAAGGCUGCUGCUUUACAUGACCGGACGCAGGCCAAAAUGGCAAAAGCACAUGAAGUCUCCACCUUUCUAGAGAAUAGACUCGCCCAUAACGCCAUGACCAUGCCUCAUGUCUUUCGAGAGCUCUUCAUCCGCGUUGGAGAGACAUCUGAUGUCGGAGUUGUGCCACUGCGAGAGUGCCUGAUUGAGAUAUUUCAAAACUGGUCGAGUCUAGGCUUUUCGGGGCAUUGUCCUUAUUCCUUCAGCCAGGAAGCGAUAAGUUCGCAUGAACGGCAAUUUGCUAAAUAUCAAGAAUGGAACGAGGUCCAGGGAUAG